CUUUUGUUCUGUGCAGAGAAACACGAUAACCUAUUGCUUAAGAAUGAGUUCGCAAAACAAUUUCUUAGAUGCGGACAAUAUUUUACUGGAGAGAAAUUUGAAAUUUAUAGGAAAUGAUUUUGAAGAGAAUUUUCAACAAUUUUUUGGCGAAACGGGAAGUGCCGGUGGCCAUUCCGGUGGACUUCCCCCAUGUCAUUACAAAAUUGUUGAACCUAAUGCCGGUUGCUGCAUUAAAACAUAUAAAGUUAACACCAAUGAAAAGUAUUUCAUCAACGUCUGUCAAACUGAAGAGAUACCAGCUCCCGAAGAUCUAACCGAAGCUCAAUUAGCAGCCAUUUUGAAUUCGGAUCAGCCGAGUUCGUUCCGCGUACUGAUGAGCAUUGCUGAGCCACGCACAACCAAAGAUAAAUCCAAUAAUACCGUCGACGCUGUCGAUAUUGCACUUAAUCCAAACUUUUUUGCAAAAAUUGAGAAAUCAUUAAUAUUUCGCGAUUUCUUUUUGGCCCUGAUUGCCGAAGCCUUAAACGAGAAGUACAACGUUCAAAUAAGAAUUGAUAAAGUAAUCGUCUUGAAUAAUCGUAAAUUUAUUGGAACCUUGGUAACGCAUCGUAUCCGUAGUGGUGCUAUCAAAAAUGCAAUCAAUCCGACUAAAAGCUCCAACGAGGAAAAUAUUAUGGAAAUACAAAAUAAGCCGCUAAUUGAAGAAAUCGAUUACAAAAUAUUAGAAACGUCAAAGGAAAAAUCGGAGCAAAACCGAACUGAUGAGAAAGAAAAACUACCGACAUCUACGAAGGAGCAAGAGGCUGAGUCUGCUUUAAUUAUCCCAGAGUUUAAAUUACGGGCUCGUCUUUAUAACGAGCAAGUCGAAGAAAUACAAGCUGAAUUUUAUUUACCGAAAUGCCUUUCCUCCCAAGAAUUCACUUUAGAUAUUGGAGAAGAUCGCAUAUUGCUUGAAUCUACAAAGCACGGUUAUAUGUUUGAUAAAUUUCUUGAUUAUCAAAUGGAUCAAGAUCGUGCUCGCGUUAUAUUCGAUAAAACCAGUAGAAUGCUUCAACUGCAUGUUCCUGUCAUGCCAACUAAAUAAAAUUUUCCGUUUGGAUGCUCGUUGCGCGUAAAUUGCAUUUAAAAAAAAAAACAACAACAAAUUGACUUUGACUUUAUUGUUUGCUUUAGGAGAUCCGGUUUAAACCUGAUCCAUUUUUCUUUUUUUCUUUUU